AUGUACAUGGCCAUGCUCGCGGGUGGCAUGAUGAUCAAAAAACUGGUCAAGAGAAGCUUCACGCGGCCUGAGGGACAGGGAGUCAAUUGUUUUGCUUUUCGCGUCAAGAGCAACAAGACUCUUCGUGACAAGUUAAAGGACGCAAUCAAUACAACUUCCCGUGACGAAGAAACCACGAAGCUUCUUUUGACCGAAUCAGUAAACUGCUUCAAGAUGAACAACCAGGUCGUGCGAAGUCUCGAGGGCACUGGCAAUCAUGUGAUGAAUUUUAUCUUGAAGUGGACCAUCAUCGUCAGCCUCAUCUUUGUGAAGUUUGGGUCAGUGGUACAGUGUGCAGUUAACGGCGAUGUUUUGGUGCGUAGUACAUUGCCAGGUGCAGGAAAACCUGCAAGAUUUAAUGUUGGUGGUGAUUUGAAUAUUAUGAGACUGGAAAAUACAAUGCAAACGGUCAUUGGAGUAGGUGGUAAGGAACAUGAUCUGAAUUUAUGGUCACUAGAGACUCAACAGGUGCUGUUUAAAGCAAAGAACGCACCACAUGAUAAGCUGAACAUGAGAGUACCAGUAUGGAUCAAAGACUUGCAAUUUCUAUCUGUGCCUGGCAACAGCAAUGGUCAUCGAGUUAUAGUAGGUACAGGCCACCGUCAUGUUAGGAUCUACGACUCUAAUACCAAGAGGCGACCAGUGCAGCAGCUCGAAAACUUUGGUGAGAAUCCAAUUCAAUCGCUGUGUGCAUCGCCCGAUGAGACGCGGGUGUAUAUCGGUGAUACAGCAGGAAACUUGGACAUUUUAGAUCUACGGACGCUCAAGCACAUGGGGCGAUGCACUGGCCCUGUCGGCUCCAUCCGCGACCUCGCAUGCCAUCCGACACUGCCGUACAUUGCGGCGGUCGGACUGGAUCGCAUGGUGCACGUGUUUGACGUAAAUACGCGAAAGUAUCGCCACACGAUCUAUGCUAAACAGCGUCUUAACAGCGUUUUAUUCUGCUCUGAUGGUCUCAAGGAUCUUCCAGUUGCUGAUGAUGAACCUGCACGGAAAAAACACAAGGCGGGCGACGACGAAAUUGACUUUGCUGAUGACGAUGAGGAGGAGGAAGAGGAGGAAGUAUAUGAAGGUCUUGAAAUUAGCGAAGACGAUGAUGACGAUAAUGACUACGAUGACGACGAGGACCCGGUAGAUGAUAGUGGCUGA